UACAAGUUACAACUCUUAUUUUUUUAUUAUUAUUUUUUUAUAAUUAGUCAUACAACUCUUGUUGAAAUCAACAUUACACGCCCAAGAAAACUCGCAAAAUCUUAUCGUCAGUGUCUUUUUUUUUUCCUCCCAUAGUUCCGAUGUUCAGAUUUCCAAAACCCUGUUUCGUAGUCCUUGCCUAAAUCAACACCGCGCCACGACAUCGUUUUCCGGCUAAGCCCAUGGAGGCGGGGAAGAGGAAGCGCCGAGAUGCCGGCGAAGUUGACGGAAAGAAACGGAAAGCUGCGGAAGGCGACGGACCAAGAACGGAGGCGACGGUGACGGAGGAGGAAUUUCAGGAGUUCUUCGCCAUUCUGGGGAGGAUCCACGCGGCGGCAAAUUAUCUGAAGAGGAGAGACGGUAAGUUGUCGGCGGUGGGAUGGAGGGAAAUAAAAGGGAGUGAGACUGAGACGGAGGGUUUGGACGGAGAAGACGGCGUUAAGGAGGGAGUUAGUAAAAACAACGAGGUCUCUGUGGACAGCAACAUGGAUUUGGAUCUCAACCUGGAGCCACCAUCCAAAGAAAGCUUUGUCUAGAUAUCCUUAGGACUCUUUUCGGGACUUCUCAACCACAUUUGCAAAGUUGUAUGAGAAUUUUUCAACACAAGGACUUUCCUUAACUGGUACCUCUUGACGACUAAGCUUAAUCUGGCUUUCGGAAUUCUCGACGACUUACUUGGGAGGAAUAAACAGAAAU